GUGUGUGUGUGUGUGUGUGUGUGAGUGAGACACACACCCAUCUCUGGACUUCAUAGUAGAGUGUUUGACGUGGCCUCUGCCUGUCUAGCACUCUCAUUCAUUGCGAGUAGUGGUUUUUCUCCAGUCACUCUCUUCUGCCCUUCUGCUGGUUCUAAAAGAUGCCUUCCAGUUCCACGCUCAGGAGUUCCGGCACGGCCCACAAGGCUGAGAACACGCAGGUGGACGGGCGCUCCUUUGAGGAGAUCCGUCAGGACUGCCUGCGAAGGAAAGUUCUGUUUGAGGACCCAGAUUUCCCGGCGGUGGACUCCUCACUCUUCUACAGCCAGAGCGUGCCCAUCAAUUUUGAAUGGAAGAGGCCAAAGGAGCUCUGUAAGAACCCCAAAUUCAUCCUCGAUGGAGCGAGCAGAACAGAUAUAUGCCAAGGACAGCUGGGGGACUGCUGGCUCCUGGCAGCCAUCGCCUCACUGACCCUCUGUGAGGAAACCUUGGCCAGAGUCGUGCCCCAUGAUCAGGACUUUGACCACGGAUAUGCCGGAAUCUUCCACUUCCAGUUCUGGAAGCACAACAGGUGGCUAGACGUGGUGGUGGAUGACCGUCUCCCUGCCGUGAGGAACAGCCUGGUGUUCGUCCACUCCGCCGACAACAACGAGUUCUGGAGUGCCCUGCUGGAGAAGGCCUACGCCAAGAUGCAUGGCAGCUACGAGUCUCUGAAGGGGGGCAGCACCAUGGAGGCCAUGGAGGACUUCACCGGCGGCGUGGGUGAGAAUUACGACACCAAGAAGGCCCCGGACGACCUCUUCCUCAUCCUCAAGAAGGCCCUGGACAGAGGCUCCAUGCUGGGCUGCUCUAUCGACAUCAGCAGCUCUGCGGAGUCAGAAGCCCGCACCUCCACUGGCCUGGUCAAGGGACACGCCUACUCCAUCACUGGAGUGGAAGAGGUGAACUGCGGUGGGCGUAAGGUUCACUUGAUUCGGGUGAGGAAUCCGUGGGGGCAAGUGGAAUGGAAUGGCCGCUGGAGUGACAAUUCCAAGGAGUGGAAUAUGAUUGACAGAUCGGAAAAAGACCGUAUUCUGAGGUACUCCGGGGAUGAUGGCGAGUUCUGGAUGGAGUUUGAUGACUUCAAGGCCAACUAUGAUAAGGUUGAGAUCUGCAACCUGACCCCCGACUCGCUGACGGAAAACGUGACGAGGAAAUGGGAGGUGAACUUGUUCGAGGGCAACUGGAUCAGAGGCUCCACCGCUGGAGGCUGCAGGAACUUCAUAGACACGUUCUGGACGAACCCACAGUUCAGGCUGACCCUAGAGGACGCAGACGACGAGGACGACCAGUGCACCGUCAUCGUGGCCCUGAUGCAGAAGAACCGCCGCCAGCUCAGGAAGGAGGGGCUGGACCUGGAGACCAUCGGCUUCGCCAUAUAUGAGGCCCCUAAUGAUGACGACCACCUGGGGAAGGACUUCUUCCGCUACCACCCGUCCAAGGCGCGCAGCCGCACCUACAUCAACAUGCGCGAGGUGUCGGAGCGCUUCACACUCCCCCCGGGCAAAUACGUGCUGGUGCCCACCACCUUCCAGCCGCACCACGAGGCCGACUUCAUGCUGCGCAUCUUCUCCGAGAAGCAGGCCAAGACCAUAGAAAUGGGAAACAAUAUUGACGCUGACUUGCCAGACCCUCCCAUGCCUAGUUCCCCAGAGGAGGAGACGGAUGAGGAGAAGGGCCUGAGGAGGCUCUUUGAGAAGAUCGCCGGCACAGACCAGGCCAUCAGUGCUAGAGAACUCCAACAGGUCCUGAAUGGUGUUCUGAGUAGACGGAGAGAGAUCAAGUAUGAUGGCCUCAGUCUCAACACCUGCCACAGCAUCAUCAACCUGAUGGAUGUGGACAAUACGGGUACACUUGAAUUUCAGGAGUUUAAAAUCUUCUGGGAUAAACUAAAGAAAUGGAUUAUGUUGUUCCUCUCCUUUGACACGGAUCGCUCUGGCCGCAUGUCUUCAUACGAGCUCCGCAUUGCUCUGAAUGCUGCAGGUAUGCAGCUGAAUAAUAAACUGCUCCAGCUGAUAGGUCUGCGCUUUGCCGACGACAACUACGACAUCGACUUUGAUGAUUACCUCACUUGCAUCGUGCGUCUAGAGAACAUGUUCAGAGUCUUCCAGGCAUUGGACAGGCUCAAGACAGGGGAAGUCACUAUGAACAUGACACAGUUCCUUUUAUUAUCCAUGAACGUCUGAAGGACACAGCAGGAACAGAAAAAAGACAACUAACAAAAAUUCCCACCAAGGCCAUGGAAGGAAACAUUGUUUGACUAGGCAAGCUGGCCAUGUUUGACUAUAGGCCAGCUACCAGCCAAUAGUUUGCAGAAUCAGAAUCAUAAUGUCCUGCACUGUUAUUGUUUUGUCACUUAUAAUUCUGUGUUCCACACUGUAUUGACUUUUUUUCUUAGAAAUACUUAUUUAGUCUACAAUCUUUUAUCCUUGUUAUUGCUUGUAUAGUAAACAACUAAUAGAAAGAAAGAGAGUUACAUUGAUGUAAUAGUCGUUGAAUUGAAUUUAUUCUGAAUGCAACUUUCCUUUUUCUUUUCCAAAAGAGCAUAUGAGAUUACACCUUUUUUGUAGUUACAGCAUCGAGGUUUGUUUUGUUAAAGGACAAUUCAGGUUUACACUUUGCAAAGCCCUUCAAUAAAUCGUCAUAAAUGUAUGAUCACAGUAUUUUAACACGGGACACAACACUCACAAGACACGAAGACUCCAAACCUUAAGAGAUGUUUGUGAACUAUGAGCGUCUUUCUGACUGCUGUGAAAAUUAUAUGGGUGAUGUUUGGGGCAACUUUUAAAUAAAGGCUGAAAACAGA